CCUUUGUCUUUCAAAAUAUUAAUUUUCCAAAAACAUAUACCAAACGUAUUUGCACAAAAUUUAUUGUACGUUUUAGAAUAGUAUAUAAAAUUCAUGUGUCCAUAAAAUAUUAUAAAUAAGUAAAUUUCCAAGUUUUCACACAAAUUAUUGAGUAAGCCGAAGCCUCUUUAAUGCGCCAUUGCGUUUUAAUUAUAGUGUUUUAAACAGCAAAAAUCUUGAUUCUACAUCAUUAAAAUGAGCUUCAACGAUAAACAGUCGAAUUCAUUCCCAAAAGAUGAAUGUGCAAAUCGAUUAGAAGGAUUGCAUGUACAGAGAUCUGACAUGAAUAAAUUGAUAAUGAAUUAUCUUGUCACAGAAGGCUUUAAAGAGGCCGCUGAAAAGUUCCAAAUAGAGGCCGGUGUAGGUACUUCGAUGGAGUUAAAUUCUUUAGACGAUAGAAUAUUAAUAAGGGAUGCAAUACAGUCUGGACGUAUUCAAGAAGCUACAGUAUUAGUAAAUCAGCUUCAUCCCGAGUUGUUGGAUAACGACAGGUAUCUUUAUUUCCAUUUGCAACAACUACAUUUGAUUGAACUUAUAAGAGCAGGCAAUGUGGAAGAAGCACUCAGUUUUGCCCAAAGUCAAUUAUCAGAAGCAGGCGAGAGCAAUCCACAAGUUCUGAAUGAAUUAGAACGUACUUUAGCCCUACUGGCCUUUGAGCAACCUCAUUUAAGCCCAUAUGGUGAUCUUUUACAACCUAUGCAUAGACAGAAAGUUGCUAGUGAAUUGAAUGCUGCAAUUUUAAAGAUGGAACAUCAAGAAUUCACAAGUCCAAAGCUAUCAAAUUUGCUAAAAAUGAUACUUUGGGCACAGAAUGAACUUGAUAAGAAAAAAAUCUCUUACCCUAAGAUGACUGAUCUUGCUAAAGCAAAGAUAGAAAAAAUCUAAUGGUUUUUGCUUUAAACUUCUUUGAAACAACUAAAAUAUUUGGGUUUUAACUCAUAUAGAAAAAAACUAAGUAUUUUGAAAUCUAUAUGCUAAUUGAAAAUCUUAGCAUGAAGAAAUAAAACACACAUUUAUACAUUUGUGAAUAAUAAAUUGUUAUGGAAAAUGGUA